UCCCUCAAUCGCUGGAGACAAGGUUAUUUCGACAGAUUUUAAGCGCGUUAAUGUUUAAACAUUUGACAAAGUGACUUAAAACACGAUCCAAUUAUUUUCAAAUUACAAUUGAACAGGACGUUUCUAAUUAUUAGUAUUAUAGCAAUCGCAAUACAUUCAAUUCAAAGGAGGAACGGUGUUUUCAAAUACGAAGUGGACUUAUCAUAAAAAGUGCGAUUUUCGCAUUUACAAGGUUAAACAUGUAUCGUAUCAAUGUGCGCUGAUAGACAUUUAUCGUAACUUGAAAGGUUAUACUCGUUAGAGUGUGUCAAGCUAACCGAAAUUCAGGCAAUUAGUUUAAUCAAUUUAAGCACUUGACACAGCAUGCGAAUACCUAAUAAUAUCGAAGAUCUAGCGAGCAAUCAAGUAAACGCGUAGUUAUCAUGACAACUAAAGAGGGACAUGAUUCGGGCACGCAUCCUUUUAUGGAUGUCUUGUCGAAGUUUCAAAAGAUUCGCCAGAAGCAUACACGCCAAAACGUAUACGCCAACAGUAAGCCGCCGCCACCGGAGGAUAACGGAUCGCUGGCGACUGACGCGGACGGAAGAACAUCAAUGAAUGGUUCGGACUCCAUAACCGGACGAAGAGGCCGGAAUCCGCUCACUGAAGCAGAUCUCCAGAAAUUUAUACAGAGGAACCGGGUCCACAGGCGAUGGUCAUCCUUCCCCAGCGUCCUAAAGAUGCCCGUGAAUGGAUCAGCUAGCUCUACUAGAUAUACCAACGGAAGGUUACACGAUCAAGCGUUCAGUUCCGAAACCCCUCAGUUUAGUCGAUACCGACGGAGUUCAUUUCCGAGAACUCCUUUCGAAUACGAGCUGGCGAAAAUUUACGAGGAAAAAGCGAAGCUUCUUGUAGGCGGCGAUCUCAAGAGGGCCAUUAUUCGCAGAAGGCGAGCUACAAAGCAAGAUAGAAAGGAACGAGACGAAGAUGAAGUUAACGAGAACUGGAAGAAGUUCGUUCUAGGAGGCAAGGAUUUGCAUGCUUUCUACUCUUUUUGGGAUCGCCCAAAGUAUUUAAACAGAAAUAAGGAUGAAAAUUAGAUUCAUGAACAAGAACAAAAGUGUGUUUGUUUAAUUUAUAUGGACGCCGCACGAUCGUUCAAAGUAUAUACGGAACACAAUAUGGGAAACUAUUAUAAAUGUUUUGUUUAAUGAUUCUUGCCAUUUUAGUUUUUAACAUUAAAUAUUUUGUUAUAUAUAACUUUGAUUGUUGUUUGAUGGUCAUUGUAUCGAAGCACCGUAGACCAUUUGAUGGAUUGAAAAAAAUAUCCGAAAUUUUGUUAUGUCUUUGAUCCAGCGCACACAGCGUAAAGUAUUUCUUAUCGAAAUGUUAGGUCAAAGUGAAACACGCAUGAAUUAAAUGCCACUGAAGGUCUUCCCUAUUUGUAGAAGCGUAAUUUAAAUCUAAGAGGUGCAAAGAAGAACGGGAAAGAAAAAGGAUAUGUCGUUACAUCAACCUUGAUUCGUCUAUUGUAUGUUUUCUUUGCUUUUGCUUUUUGUCCUUGCUUGUCAAUUGAUACUUGAAACAGCAAUCAUAUUGAAUAAAUAAUUGGAAAAGAUUGGUAUGGCGAAAAUCCUUAUUAAACACAUUUAGCGUUGAAAGUCUCCAAUAGAGCGAGCUGUAAGUUAUUGAGAUUUUUUUGCAUUUAUGUUUAUCUAAACAUAUGCUUUAUUCCGUUGAAAUUUUAAUCUUAAAUACCAACAGGAUAAAAACAAACUAGAAAGGAGGAUAUGCUAAAUGACAAAGUCUUCUGAAAAUACUGACAGCACCAAAAAGUUUUACUUUUGGUUUCGAUUACCCUGAUUCGUGUACUGUUGCUUACUUUUUACUGAAUACCAGGAGUUUUAACACCCGGAUGUUAACCAUGGAUUAUACGUAGCUGCUUUUGUGGACGCUUGACCAGCAAAUAUAGGCGCAACAUCCUUCGAGUUAAAAUAUUCUGAAACAAUGUCGGACAUUGUCGGCCCGCAGGCAGCUGGGAUACAGCGUCGUACCGAUAUAAACAGACUUCCGCUUGUACGUCAGAACACCAGUGCAUGCAACUUUCAAAUGAAUAAGAACGCUGCGUUACUGAAGCAGAGGCUAAAAACGGAGGAGCCGAAGCCGGUUGCUAAAAAGACCUCUCUAAUAGAACAACUUCCGGCGAUCAUGAAAAAGUUUAAAACAGAACUAGGUUUGAAGUCCUUCAUAGUGAAAACCAAACAGGCGGUCGUACGACGCAAGCGCGCAGAGUUUGAAGACCGGCGACUGGGGCGGAAGUGGAUCAAAGGAAACGAGAUGUCGCCCUACUUUCACUUCUGGCAGACGUCAGAGGAUCAUAUUAAGGACCAGCACGUCCGACCGGGGACGGUGCAGCGGAAGCGGCUGUUGAACUCGAUUCCAAACUCGCUCAAGUAUUUGGAGGCCCCGGUGGAGCCGAAAAACAGUCAGAAAGCAAAGUGCCAUGAUGACUUUGGUAUCGUCAGAGAGUGCUGUUGUAAACCGAAGAUUCGCAUACGGACUUUCUACGACGAUUAAUGUGGGUUGUGGUACAGUAUGUGGUAUUGAUUCUGAAUGAAUCGUGUAGGGCUAAUGUGUUAAAAAAGCAUUCUUUAACUUUCCAUAAUAUAAUUUAUAUAAUUUAUAUUGUGUAUGCAGUAUGAAGUAAUCAAAAUAUGUUUCAACAUUAAUUCAUUUUAUAUUUUAUAUAUUUUACUGACCAAUUCAAGUGUAAUGCAUCUGGACGCGGACAACGCGUGUGCAACCGCAAGCAUUGAACGUUAUGAGUAAACUUGUUAAUGUGUAAGGGCUAUCAACCUAGUUGCUGACGUAAGCAUAAACCAUUGAAAAUAAAAGGGUGAACGGUAAAAUCGCCAUUUCUUUGUCCUAUUCGAUAUA